AUGUUUAUGAGCUGCUCAAACAACUCAAACCCUCGACUUCUGAACCCUAUGAUGGAAUCCCGCCAAUUGUCUUCCGCAAGUGCGCCUCACCUCAACGUAUCCUUCAUGAUGGCUGAGGUUCCUGAGCUUUGGAAAGAAGCAUUGGUCACCGCUAUUCCAAAGGUCUUGCACGCUCAGUCUGUCGAAGAUUAUAAGAGGAAACUGUUGUCCUGGUGUCGCAGAUUCAGAAUCAUUCCACCGGAACAACAUGGGUUCCUUCCCGGGGCUAGUACGACUACCAACCUUGUCGAGAGUGUAUUUGACUGGUGCCUAGCCUUGAAUCAAGGUAAAUGCAUCGACGUCAUUUACAUUGAUUUAUCCAAGGCCUUUGACAGAGUCAAUCACCAGAGUUAUUGCGAAUUCUUGAUAGGCUUGGGAUACGUGGCGGUCUAUGGAGGUGGAUGGAGUCUUACUUAUGCUCCCGUCAUAUGA